GGAGAAGUUAAGCAUUGCACAAUACUGUGUGUCAGUACGGAAGAAAGAGACGUUUGUCAGUGUUUAAGGAUUUUAUUUAGUCAAAAAGUGCCGUAAAUCUUAACCAUGUGGAACUUUGUUCUUCUUCUCUGGUCCUGCAUUCAUAUCGCUGUUGUUGUAGGAGCUCCAGAUACAGUUACAGGACACAGAGGAGAGAGAGUUGAGAUCAGAUGCUCAUAUGAAUCUGGAUAUGAAUCAAAUUCAAAGUAUUUUUGUAAAGGCGAGUGCUUCAUUGGAUUUAAAAACAUCAUGGUUAAAUCAGGAUCUCCAGCUAAAGACGAGAGAUUCUCUCUGACUGACGACACGACGAACAGAGUUUUCACCGUCACCAUCACUGAUCUGAGAACAGAGGAUGAAGGACAAUACUGGUGUGCUGUGAAGAGGACUUUAAAUACUGAUGUCUAUUCAGAGAUUUUGUUGCUGGUAAAACAGGAUAAGAUGACUGAAGUUUCAACUAUCAGCCCAUUUUUAUCUACAAGCACAUGUGUUUCAUCAGAUAAAUUGACUCCUGAAACCCCUUUACCCCAAACUUAUUCACUUGACACAGGUUUAUUUGGUAUCAUCAUCGCAGGAGUUUUGGUUUUGCUCCUGAUAGGUGCUAUAUUGCUUAUUGUGGCCAUACGAAAGAAAAAGCAGACUCGUGGUCUGGUCUCCUCCUCCACUGAAGGGGUUUAUCUGACAUUAGGAAAAGGAGCAGAGAAUGAAUAUGAUGAAGGGAACCCGACUGUCCUGCCGAACUCACACACAGCUCAAAGUGAUAAUAUUUCUGCAGAAAAUGAGUUUCACAGACCUGUGAAUACAGAACCAGCCGACACAGUGACAAACAGUCUGAAUCUGGAUCAGAUCUACUCAGCCAGUAGACAGAGUCACAUUUAUCAGAGUCUUACAGCUGAUUCUGCUCAAGAAGAGCCGAUCUAUCACAACACUGAUCGAAUGACUGACUGAACACUAACACCUCAUCAGUCAGACUACACCAUAGUUUUGUCUGUUGUGACCCAUUCUUGACUCAUAAAUUCUUGUCGUGUAGUGGACAAGAAAUAUGUUAGACUCUACGUUGCUUCACAACCAACCAUUUGCCUGUCUUUAUCUAUGUGUGUGAUGUCACCAAGAAGGCGAAACUAGCGACUGACUUCCAGAAAUGAGCGUAAACAAAUCAUGGCUACUGAAGCGGUGUGUAUUAGCUUAAUGCUAAUUCCAGUACUCACUGGGUUGCUGAAGCGCCUUCGCUAUCAUUUGCCAGCAUUUGUUACUAACAUUUCCUCCAUUGCAUAAUUCCACCUAGCAGCCCCAAUACCAUUGUCUCUCUUUUGUUUCACCAUGUUUGAAAGCUGUGUACAGAAGAGCUUCUGUGCUGCUAUUGGUCAACAUCACAACUGAAAAAUUUAAACAUGCUAUUCUUUCUGUCGGGACGUUGUGAAGUGUCGCAGUGGUUGUCGUCCACCAUGACACACUAUACAACAUAAAAUGAUUGAUUCUUGUGUCCUGACACUUACGAAACACCACAACACCCUACAUUAAAUGGAUCAUGCUAAAAUCAGACUGAUAUUGUGUAAUUUGAUUUGAUUAAAACAUUUUGUUGCAUAUGAAUGUAGUACUAUAUAACUUGAAAAAUAUUAGUUUAAGAAAUAUAUAAAUGUAAUUUUUUUAUUUUUUUUUUUUUUCCUCUUUCGUAAACUCAGUAAAUGUACUGUAAAGAGCAAUGUUCACUAAUUAGGGAGUGGCUAAUCAGGACAAUGAAAUCAUGACGCUAUUGAUUGGCUGCAGUCUCAAAUCUUCACUAAUGGCUUUCCUGAGCUGUGACAUUAAAGACAACACACAACUGUAAUAUCAUGACAUAUCUUCAAUUUAAAUGUUGCAACUACAAAAAUGUAUGCACUUCAUUUGUUAUAUCAGUCAUUAUAGUCUUCAGUAGAUUAAUGUUAGACUGUGCAUCACUUUGCCAUCAUAUUUUGUUUUUGUAACCUCAGUGAUGUAAUAAAGAUGUAUGGAAGUGUAA